AUGAACUUGUGCUAUCCAUCGAAGUCAAGGGGACUCGUCUCGUUAAUUGACGGUGAUUCCUAUCACCAUGAUGCCGACGAUGACCACAAGAAUAAGCAUCAUCAUAAUCAUCAUUGUCAUCAUCAUUGUCAUCAUCAUCAUCGUGGAACACUGCUGUCAUCAACAACAGCAACGCAGCCUCCCUUUCUUGUCUACCCAAGUCCUACCAAACUUGUCAACAACAACAACAACACUGAUGGUAGUAGUUCUAUCUAUACUACUACACCUACUGCUGUUGGAGACACAAAUACUCAUCAUCGAAGCAGCAUCUACCCAGCUUAUUUGGCAUCUUUGUCAUCCUCUUUCUCCACAAGUCCAAGACUGCUGUCCCAAUCCUCAUUUCCAUUGGCAGAUGAUGCAUCCAUUAUGCCGGCUCCUUACCCACGAACUCCUCCUCCGUUUCCCCGACGACGACCACAUGCUGGCACCAUUGUGUCUCCACCGGCCCCAUUGCGGAUUUCUUCUUCUUCUCAUCAUCCAUCAUCUCGUGCUUCUGCGGCUGCACAGGAACCUUAUUGCCACCGCCAACACCACCACCACCACCACCAUCACAAGUUGCAGUACGAAACCAUUGGCCCGGCACACCUUCGGACUUAUCGACUCUUGCUUCCAAACGAUUUGAUCGCCGACUGCCAAUUGGAUCCCAUUGUGGCACACGCCGAACAUUUUGCCACCAAUCGCCUCUUGCAUGGAUGGCAGACGGAUUUGUAUUCCUUGACCAAGCAGGACAUUGCCUUGCGGGAUAUCCCGGGCAUGUUGCCAUUGAUACAACCGAUCUUUGACUAUGUCACGCAGGCCAUUCGAACCUUGUACGGGUGUCACGAAGUAGUGGUAGACAAGAAUCAACCGCACAUUCUCAAAUAUUCGGUCGAUUCGGGGCAUACCGGAGUUCAAUUGCACCACGACCGAUGCGAUGUCACUGCCAACUUGGCACUCUCCCGUAGUGGUGAUUAUUGUGGAGGAGGUACCUACAUUCGAGAUACUGGUUCCAUCAUCAAGUUGAAUUACGGAGAAUGUUUGUUGCAUCCAGGUUCUUUGGUGCAUGGCGGAAUGGAAGUUACCAAAGGUACUCGAUACUUGAUGGUGACCUUUGCUCAUUUGAGAUGA